UCAAAAAUUAAAUUAAACGAACGAAAUGUGCAGAGAAAAUAUAUUUAAAAGAAAAAAUGCUAUAAAUAUAUUUCGCAAUCUGCCCCGAUAAAAUAUUUUAAUUAGACAUCUGCCCCCGGCAUUUAAACCCUGCAUUCGAUUUUAAAUUCGGUCAUCCUCCACAAUCCCCUCUCAGUUUCAUCAUACGGAUCGAGAACCCUCCGCCAUUAUUGAUCAAGCGCCGGAGCUUUGCAGAGGAAAUGGGUCAGAUUCAAUACUCCGAGAAGUACUCCGAUGACACUCACGAGUACAGGCAUGUGGUUCUUCCCCCUGAAGUGGCGAAACUUCUCCCGAAGAAUCGGCUCCUCUCUGAAAACGAAUGGCGUGCGAUUGGAGUCCAGCAGAGUCGAGGUUGGGUCCACUAUGCAAUCCAUCGCCCCGAGCCGCACAUUAUGCUCUUCAAGAGGCCCUUGAACUACCAGCAGCAGUAGGGGAAUAUAUCCAUCCGAUUUGUUUCCCGACUGCCCCACCUUGCCGUUGCAGGCUAUGCUUUCUGUUUUCUGUAUUUUCUGAAUUCUGAAGUUUGUAACAAUAACUCUUGAAUGAGGUUGUGCAAUUUGAUUCCCCUCUUCGGGGAAUUGCUACGAUUUCAUGGUUUCUUUCAUAUUUGAUCAGUUAUCCCGAGUUCUAAUGGUUAAUUCUGGUCAUAUGUUUACUGUUUC